UUGGUGAUAAACAACUUCUGAGCCAUUCAUCUCAAAACUAGGCUGAAUGGAGUUGGUUCACUUCAGUUUUGAACCCCUCAAUUAUGGAAUUUACUGUAUCAAAAUGAAAUUUUUCUUUAUUUAUAGCUUUUCAAGAAGAUGAGGAGAAUGUUUUUACAAAUGAGGAAGGUGUGAUUUGGUUAAAAAAAAACCUACUGAUACCGAUAUGGCCGCAACACAUCUCAUGUUGAGAUUAAGAGAUCAGAAAAAGGAGCAGUUCAAUAAUAAAAAAAAUAAUAAGAGACAGCUAUGGGCUGGGAUAGCUGAAGAGCUGACAAGGAACAAAUUUAUGUUGGGGGCGAAUGGCGGUGAAAGGUGCCGCCAAAAAUUCGCCAAUUUGACUAAGGCAUACUUGAGAUAUAUAAGAAACCAGAAGACAACAGGGGCAGCCUUCAUGGAGCAUCCUCCAUUUUUUGAGGAGGUCCACUCAAUUUUAUGUGAGAAGCAUAAAACUCAACCCAAACAUUUAGUGGACAGCUUGGAGGAUGAGCCCAUGCCUGAGGCCCCUAUGCCCGUGCAAGAAGCGCCAAUAAUGGACGAGGGCGCUUCUUGCAGCUACAACACUAGAACGGAACCAGCCAUAACUGACCGGUUCAAAAACCUGAUGGAUACUCCUACCUCCAGAACUAACAAAGGGGAUCUGGUUCUACAGGAGUUGAGGAGCCACCAGGUGGAACAGAGAAGACAAUUCGACGUCCUUGCUGCUCAUCUAAAGAAAACAGAGGAGCAGAGGGAGAAGCUCCUCAAUAUUAUGGAGCAAUUUUUUACAAGAAAGAGGAAGAGGCAGGAAGAAGAUUCUGAUGGAGAAUAAAGGGGCCUUUUCCUCUUUCUUGUAAAAAAUUUGUGUAUAUUUUUGUUUUGUUUUUAUUUAUUUUAUGUAUUUAAUAAAGUUCUUUUUUUAUGUAUAUAUUAUGUUAUUCUUGAAUUUCAGUGAUAUUUUCCUUCAUUCGUUUUUUUUGGUUUUGUAAGCUAGUGUGAACACAAAUAAAACUUAGCUUGUGCGUAUUUUUAAAGUGUUCACAUUUAUGAAAGGUCUAAACAGCAUGUGUAGCAUUAAGACAUUGACACUGGCGUGAACAAAGCUUCAUUUUACAUUG